AUGAUAACCUCUCAAUCCGUAGCUUGUUCACCACCAUUAACGCCAAGUAAUCCAUUUACCAGGUGGAAUUUUACCCAACCCAUGUCGCCAUUGUUGAUGUCUUCUUCUUCUUCCAAGUCUAUGCGCUUCUCUUGUUCUCUACCUCAUCAACCCCCUCUCAGGUGCGCAAUUUUAGGUGCUGGUUUUGCUGGACUGUCGGUGGCUUGGCAUUUAUUACAGAAUUGUGCCAAGGAAUUGCCGUUGUUUAUUGAUAUAUUUGAUGAUGUUGGUAUUGGUGGAGGCGCGUCAGGGGUGGCUGCUGGACUUCUUCACCCGUACUCUCCUAAAGUGAAACCUCUUUGGCGGAGCACAGAGUGCUGGAGUGAGAGUUUGAAGCUUGUACAGGUCGCUGAAAGUGCAUGGUGUUCUAGGGUGCAGAACAUGGAUACAGAAGGAGCUGUCCGCAGUUUGAAUCUUUCUCUUAUCAAAAAAAGAGGGAUCCUGCGGCCUGCAGUCAAUUCAAAGAAUCUGAACAUAAUGGACAAUAAUGCUCAGAACUGCCUCGCCAGUUGCAGAAUAGAGUCCAUUGACAAGGAUGCCGCUGUAGCUCUUGUUCCUGGUUUGUCUGUGCCACUAAACUUGGCUUUUUACAUGCCUGAAGCUUUAAAUAUCCACUGUCAGCACUAUCUUGAGGCACUCUACUUAGCUUGUCAAAAUGCAGUCACGGACAACAUGUCCAUGGGAACUGCCACUAGAGAGAUGAAUUUUUGGAAGAAAUCCAUUUAUGAUAUCCGUGAAUUUGCAGGCGAGUACAAUGCAGUUGUUGUUUGUCUCGGUGCAAGAGCAGCCUUUCUUACAGGAUUUGGUGAAAUAGUUCCGUUGAGAUUAUGUAGAGGAGUUGUUGCUAGAAUGGAACUUUCUGAUAAUUUCAGAGAAGAGUAUCCAGAUCAUAGCCCCUCGAUUUUAUCAGAUGCCUGGCUUGCUGUUCAAGGCCCUCGGAAUCUGCAGUUAGGCUCAACCUGGGAAUGGGGGUCCACAAAUCAUUCGAGGACCGUCUCAGAUGUUGAAGCUUCCAGGGCUGUAGAAGAACUUCUACCGAAGGCAUCUGCUGUAUAUCCAAUGAUAAAGAACUGGACACUGGCAGAAGCAGUUGCCGGACUUAGAGGAAUGCCACCUCUCACAUCUCAUGGAUCGCUUCCACUUUUGGGCUGUGUAGACGAUUUUGUUGGUGGAAAUCCUAACUGCCAGUACUGGAUAUUUGCAGGGCUUGGUGCAAAAGGGCUGUAUUAUCAUGCUCUGCUUGGCAAAUUGAUGGCUCAAGCCAUUCUUUCACGUUCUGAAGAUUCUAUUCCUUCAGAAUUACUAUCUUGGAAACAAAGAGUAAAGAAAUAG